CCUUCUCGGAUUUUUCGAAACCUUUUUCAUGAUAAUUAUUUCGGUUAAAUUGAAUAGCUGGAGCUUUUAUCAUUGAAAUAUCCUUAACAUAGAUACGUGAUGGUGCCCGUAUUACUAACGUCGUUAGUACCAUAACAUCAACAGCUAAUUUACUAUCUGACAACAAUGGCGGAUGACAUAGACAUCGAGGAGCAUGACGUGCUGGAGAGUCUGCGCCGGCGCCAUGAGCAGCCUGACACCUCUGUCCAGCCCGACUCCUUCAUCGUCAAGUCUGAGCCUCUGGAGGUUGAGUAUGAAGAGUCAAAUUAUGAAGACCCAAACCACGAGACCCAGUGGACGUGGGACCAAGACAAAGUGGAAAUAAAGAUAGAACCCCAAGAAGACAUAGUAAAUGCAGACGAGUUCAGAUUCGGCAAAAUUAUACUCGGCAGCAAACCGGCCCAACUACCUCAAGACCUGGAUACUCCGAGCGGCAGCCAAGUAAGGGAAGUGGAAUAUAAUUACAACAUGUCACUAGUUUUAGACGAUUGGGGACCUAUCUUGAACAGAAGCGAUUGCUAUUGCAAAAUAUGUGAAACUCUCUUCGCAACGGUCAACGCAUUAGAUGCCCAUAAAAUGAUCGCCCAUUCCUUCCUUGUAGCUACGGAUAAGCAGCCAAGUCCGGAGAGAAAUAAGGCAUUCAAAAGCACAGCUAAACCUAGUAACGUAAUAAUAGUAAAUAAUGAUAGCACUUGCAAAAUAUGCCAUUUCCAAUUCAAAGGUACCACUGGCAAAUCUAACCUAUUAAGACAUUACAGAAACAUCCAUCAGGUUGAUCCGAAAACUAUGAACUCUAGUGACUUCAAAAGUUGGAGGGUCUGCAACCAUUGCAAUAUGUAUUUCCCGAAUGAUACGUCUUUAGUAAAACAUUUGUAUGAAUUGCUGCCAUUGAAUGAUAAAACGCCAACUAAAGAUGAUAGGACUGUUGGGCCGGCAGCGAAACCUAAACCCUUAAAUGUUGUCAAAAAUAUACCAAAAGCUGUUAAAUCUACUAGUAAGAAUUCAAAUGUUACACUCGGUAAAGCUGUCAAAUCUACAACUAGUAAAAUUUCAAAUGUUACUGUUAACUCUCCAAAUAAAGUGGUAACUUCAGUGACGCCAGUACCAAACCGGAUUAUAUUAGGAUCCAAACCUAUGGAUAAAAGUGAAAAUCUGAAGCAGCCUAAUAAGAUCAAGUUGACAGAUACAAAAGUUAGGUUCAAAUGUCUGUUGUGUAAUGAGAUUUUUACAACUGAGUAUGGAGUAAAGAAGCAUAGACAGAAACAUCCGACCAGGAUGAAAAGGAAACGGAUUUUCGUCAAAUUAGUUAACAAAACAAACAAAGUUAUAGCAAAUCCUGACUUGGAGAAAGUACCCGUCAAAGUGAAACCAAACUUGAUAAAAGCUAUCAUUAAAAAAGAGAUCGAUGAAGACAGACCUGUAUUAGUUUCAAAGUCAACAUUAUUUAAAUGCAAUAGGUGUUCCGUUCACUUUUUGACUUGCACCGGGGCUUGCCAACACUCCGUCGUGUGUGAAACAUCCUCUAACAUUCGGGACUGGGCCUGCCCGCUCUGCCAGCGAGUGUUCAAGAGUUCAGAAAAAGCAGCACACGAGUAUCAACACAAAAUGUUAAAUGCCCACAACUUUAAAGUGUACGUAGUGUAUUUAGAAAUGAUCGUCCGGAUCCUUUGCCAGUGUCCGAAUUGCUUUGUCUGUUUUGAGGAAGACAAAUUCUGGAAGCAUGUUAACGGUGGCUGCAGUGAUGCCGCUUCAUAUUACUGCAAUGAAUGUAGAUUGCCAAUUGAUAUACAUUCCAAAGCCAAUCAUGACAGCAAACACAAGCAAGGAGACUUCACUAGAGAUGACUUUAUCAAAAUAGAUUAUAUAUCUUCCAAGGCAGUAGGUCCGAAAAAAAUCAAAACUGAAGUUGUUGAAGAAAUAAGAAGCCCCGUGAAAGUUAAGAUUGAGAGUGAGACACCGAGAAAAGGACUGAAAAGAAAAUUAGAAUUGCCAGUUGUUCCACUAAAAAGAAGGAAGAGCAAUUGGGAUAAUCUCAUUUUGUACUAUUGUCAGUUUUGCAAAGCAUAUUUGGGAAACAAAUCUGUAGUACAUACAAGUGGAAGCUGCAAAGAAAGAUCAAAAGGGGGUAUCGCAUUUUGUAAAAUUUGUGGAAUAUAUUUGAAAGCAGCAUAUCAUACAACCCAUAUGUCCUUGCACGUAAAAAUACCAAACCUGUCAAUUGCCGACAUCACUUUUGUUAAGCUGUCGGAUUCUAAGAAGUUAAAACCAGUUCAGACACUCCAUGCGUGCAAGACUUGCAAAGUGAACUUCUUGACUAAGGUGGCCAGGCGUGUUCAUAAAUGCAAAGAAACAGACAGCACUACCUGUCAGACAUGUCAGAAGAAAAUACAGACAGAUCUGUUUGACACACAUUUGCGAAUACAUGACUACGUUAUCCCCCGUCAGGUGAAAAAUAUCACUGAUAUGUUACAGAGUACAUCUCAAAAUGACACAAAGUCACCAAUGCAAAAAUUGACCAAAAAGGAGACGAAAUCACCUCUAAAGAAGUUACCAGAUUUGUUGAUGAAAUACCAGUCGCUUACUGCUCUAUGGAAUAUACUCUACCUCUGCGCUAUUUGCGACACUUUCACAGAUUCAUACGAUAAAGUCGUAGAGCACUGUCAAAACCACCUCACCAACAUGGAAAACUAUGGAGUGGUCAUAAGGAAAUGCGAGAAAUGCGACAUGAAAUUUGACAGCGAGUGUUACAAGCGCCAUUUAGAACUGCACGCCGAAAAUAAGGUCAGCAAGAAAACCUUCCAGGUCUUGAAAUACGAACAUUACAACCUGUUUUCCGACAAGUGGUUUGACUUUAUAGAUUUGCCUGAAGAGCGGAAGUCACAGAUUGUCAGCCGGAGCAUAUACGGCGGGAAUAGAUGCGUCAAAAUGAAGCUGAUCCAACAAGGACCCCCGGAAUACACCCUGUAUAAAUGCGAGAAGUGCCAGAACUGUGUGGUUGCUGAUACUAUAGUCUACCACGUCAAACUCGCAAACUGCUGUAAAGCCCACAAAAUCCCCUGCUCCGUUUGUGAGAUGACUUUUGCUAUCAGACGCGAUUGCGAAGAACAUGAAAGGAUCCAUGAGACUACUGGUCUUGGACUACAGUCCUUCAGAAUCGUCUCUUUCAAUGACGCAAAUGACGCUGAAGCGAAUAAAACGAUCAUGUCAUAUGACACUGAAAACCAUGGGAGUAGGAAUAAGAUAUCAUUCAUAGACGACGAAAUUGAACCUACAACUCCUAAAUUGAGUCAGAAUAGUGCGCCUCUUAAGUCGUUUGUGUUUUAUAAGUGCGCUGAAUGUCAGGUGUGUGUUGCACAUCUGAGAAAUUUUCCGAAACACGCGUGCAAUAACUUACCUAAGAGACAGUGCACCGAAUGUGGCGUCUUUCAUAGUGCAAGGCAUUUUGCAAACCAUAAAAUGCUUCAUAAAAAGUACACGUUCUCGAGAAAUAAUGUGAUAACUAAAACUGUCAAUAAAGAUGGUAAAGUAAUUAAUAUCAAAAAGCAAAGUCCAGUAAAGAAAGAAAAAGGUGCUGUAGACAAUACGCAAAACAAAAACGAUAGUACAGAUCAAAGACCGAAACUGUAUAAAUGCUUUUGCGGUUUACAUUUCACAUCCCUGAAAGCUAUCGAGAGACAUUACAAAGCUAAAAAUUGCAGCACAGUUAUACGAGAGAAAUGCAGCCAAUGCGCUUUGGUUUUCGACCCCAUAGAAGUCGUCAACCAUCUUUGCAAGCACCACGCUCAAAAUAUACACAAUACCGGAACAUUCAAUAUUAUAACGCCGAACAAAAAGACAUUGUACAAGUGCGGUUUAUGUCACGUUUUGUUCUACCACAAGACAGCAGCGUUCCCCCACAAAGCCAAAUGUACCGGGACAUUCUGCGGGAAGAAAUGUGUCAAGUGCGGCCUGGCCUUCGACACAACUAGCCUGGCGACCCACAUGGUCGAUCACGAGCGCAACAAUAAGCUUAAAACCGACUGCUACGUAAUAGUUAAAAUUCCUGAUGAGACAAUUCCUGAAAUCGAACGCGGUCUACAUCCGAAUAUUCUUUACAAGUGUAAAUCUUGCGACAUCCAUUUCUUAAGACGAUCUAGUGCUCGAAAUCAUAUAACGAAGCGUACUGACUGCGGCAGUACAGUAGCGGAGACUUGCAAGAUAUGCAAACGUAAGUUCCCGGCUAAAUCCAUCAUGAGACACGUGGCGUGGCAGCAUAAGAAACUGAAGAUCAAGGAAUUUAACAUUAGAGAACUCAUUUUUGGUGUUAACAGUAAAUUUCCUAAACCUGUUCAUAAAGAGGAAAUAGUAAAACCUAAAGUGAAGAAAGAAGAAGUGGUGAUUCCGAAAGUACCAGUGUCAGUUACAGUAUAUAGGUGCGUAAAGUGUAUGUUGCUUUUCACUGAUGAGGGUACCCUGCUAACGCACCUUGAAGACAGAUGCAGUAAGGAGCUUACUGAAGAAUGUGACGAAUGCAAUGUUAAAUUCGCUUCUAAAAAUAUCAGGGAUCACAAUAGACAACAUGGUCAUGGGGUGGCUUUGUCCAUGACUAUCGUAGAAGAUGUACAAGCACCUCAGACCCCUGACAAUGAAACAGAAAGAAAAUUAAGCCCAACUCCAUUUGACCCAAAGGAACAUCCAUUGUACAAAUGCACAGGCUGCAAUUUGCAUUACUUAAACAAGACAACCAUACUAAACCAUGAUUGCAAACCUACCGAGGGAUUCAAAUGUGAGAUAUGUGAUCUUAGCUUCACCAAAAAAAGUCUGUGUCGUCACAAGGCAAUCCACGAGAAACAUAAUUUCAAAAGAGAAGAUGUCGUCAUUUUAUCUUUGUCUGACUGUGUCAAAAUACCUGAAAGUCCUGACAAUAUUAGACCAGAAACUCCAGACGACGAAACUCCGCCUAAACCGAAGAAUCCGAAGAAAGAUAUACUAGAUAGAUAUGAUAAUAAACUGUACAAAUGUACAGUUUGCAAUGUGCAUUACCUAACCCAGGCCAGCCUGGAGAAACAUAAAGAAUGCAUUCCUGACGCCGAUUCGAAAUGCGAAGUAUGCGACAUUGCUUUCACCAGUUACAGUCUGAAACGACACAAAUUAAUUCACGAGAAGUACAAUUUCAAAAAGGAAGAUUUUGUUAUUUUAACUCUUACUGAUUUAGACCCCAAUUGGAUUCAACGCAAAGUACAGAUCAAAAAGGAAAUUAAGAAAGAUACUUCUUUAGAGUCUAGUUCUAAACCAGUACCUAAAGAAGUACUAGAUUCUAGUUCUAUAGUAGAACCUAAAGAAGUACUAGAUUCUAGUUCUAAAGUAGAACCUAAAGAAGUGCUAGAUAGCUCCAAACUAGAAUCUAAAGAAGCAAUCGGGUCUACAGAAAAGAUUGAACCUAAAAAACCUCACAAGGAAGAACCGAACACCACAAAAGCUUCAAAUAUCGCACACUCAUUGUACAAAUGUGCUCAAUGCAAUGUAUACUUUAAUAGACGAAUAACAUGCCACAAACAUAUAGUGAAACACACUCCUUUGGAUCCAAAAGAAUACAUCGAGUGCAAGCUCUGUGGCUUCCAAUUUACGUUAAUGGGUUUGCCGUAUCACAUUAAGAAAAACCACGCAAAGUCUUUUAAUUUACAAGAAGUGCUAGUAGAAGAAUAUCAGCCCAACGAUGUCAAAACGUACGAAACUUAUUACGCUAGCGAAAAAGAUCAGUCUACGUUGGUGAGCACGAGUGAGGAUGUAAAAAAUGAUUCUAAUUUAAGAAAAGAAAAUGAUUGUGAGGUUUCAAGCUGUAUUGAAAUAGCGGAGAAUGUUGACUCUUCAAAUAACAGUAGUAAACAAGAUAAUAUAGAUAUUACAAGCCAAAGUAGCAAUGAUUUGGAAGAAAUUACUGAACCAAAUUCAAGUAAAGUUAAUGUAACAAUUGAUUCAUCAGAUAAUGACACAAUGAUGGAUACAGACCUUGCUGAUGAUAAUACUAAAGUAAAUAGUCGAGUUGGAAACAACUUUAAAGACAUUACUGAAACGAAUUCGAAUAGUAAUGGACUAGUCGAAUCAUCUGACAAUAAUAGCACUCAAGUAAAUUUGGAUACUGACGUUGAGACAAAAGUUAUUAAAAUUAAUAAUGGUUCAAACGAACUUACUGAAUCUAACGCAAUUAAAGACAAAGUUGCAGUUGCGUCAGAUAAGAAUAUUGUACAAGUCGAAUCUUCAGACAAUAAUAGCACACAAGUGAAUAUAGAAGCUGAAGAUAAGACAAAAGUUAUAGAUCGAGAUGGUAAUGUUAAAGAUAUUACUGGAUCUAAUUCAAGUGAAGACAACGUUACAGUUGAUUCGUCAGAUAAAAAUAUUGUCCUUGUUAAUAGUAGAGACGAUAACACAAAAGUAAGUAAUCAAAGCGUUAACGAAAGUGAAAUCGCUGAAUCCAUUUCAUGAUGGUAAUAUAAAAAGUACAUUUUGCGCACUGCACAUUUCGAUUCUGUGUGGUUUAGCAGGACACUAUGUAUUGUAUCACACUUGUUUCAAAUGACUACAGGCCAAUUCGAGUUUUAUUGAUUCGAUACUGAUUUGAUCACUAUCAUAUGGGAAUCAGAUCGAAUAACUAAAAUUCAAAUUGGCCUGUAAAAUGUCUAAAUGUUGAAGACUGAACGUUUUUAUAGAAAAAUGUUUAAUAAAAGUAUGCGAUGACGAAUAAUUACCUCAUCAACUUUUGUUAUGUAUAAAUAAUUAAUCGCUUUUAUUUUAAUCUGUUUAAUUUAUAUUAAUUUACGUUUCACAAAUAUCUGAACACGCCUCUAUUGUCAAGGCGUUAGAGUGCGUAUUCCGAUGUUUUUGAGCACCUCAGCCUCUGAUAUAUCUACGACUGUACUCAGUCCCAGAGUCAUUAUUGCAGUUUUGAAUUUGGUAACUUCGUUUAUUCCAUGUUUAAAAUUCAAUUUGAUUUCGUUCUUUUAAAAUGAUGUCGGGACUUAGAAGCAUAAAUAAUAUAUUGUAUAUCUGUCGACUAUUCACUUCCUCACGACCUUAUUCGUACAAAGAUAUUGUUGAGUUAGAUCAAGAUAGAGUUACAUCAAGUCUGCAGCGAUUUUGAUAGCCCACGCAGAGCAAGUAUUUAUACGUCAUAAUUACAUAGAAGUAUGACGUUUAAAAUGACACUUGCACUGCGUGGGCUAUCAAAAUCACUGCAGACUUUUCGCGGUCUGACUCUAAGUCUGCAACGAUUUUGAUAGCAUACGCAGUGAGAGUGUUAUUUUAAACGUCAAACUUCUACGAAAUUAUGACGUAAAAAUAACAAUAUCUUGGUCUAUUUCUAUUUUAAUGGGGCCUGUACGUACAACGUGAGUUUGUGAAAAUAAUACUUUUGUUUUUUUUUUAAAUCAUAAAUAAGUAAAUUUUGGGUUAAGCGUUUGUUUACAGAAUUAGGAAUGCUCUUGAUUUAAAAAAGAAAGUGAUGUCUAAACUUUUCUUUUUAUACAAAUUUUAUUAGUUUUGGGGACGACGUGAAAAAGCCUCACUAGGGAAUGCAAUACCGGGAUACCAGGAUCCCGAAAUACCGGGAUCCCGCAUGCAAUUUGCGGGAUUAAUCCCGCUCGUAAAUUAAGCGGGAUCCCGCGGGAUUUGCGGGAUCGAAGAGCGACGUGGUUCUUACGUGUUACUACAAGGAACACAGGCUCGGGCACGUGCCUACUGGCGAAAAUUCUUCACGGAGCCUAAAUGCAUCUAUGGAGGAAAGGGGUAAUGACACGGAAGAGCAUUUUGCCCGAAUUUGUCUAUUUAUUUCAUCACACUUGCUCGUAAAAGGUGUUAUUUUACGUAGGCGACGCGGUCCGUAAAUCUUAAAUUUGUACCCAGGGAAUUUUGUUAUGUAGGUACGUCCGAAAUUAGGCAGAUUUUUUAUCGUUUUCCCUCUUUUUUCCUCACAGGUGUGAUGAAAAACAUUGUGUGUGCCACGAGUGGUACAGGACUUAUGAAAUCGCGUUAAUUAAGCCUUUACACACGUUCUUAAAUUCUUGAUUACUGUCAUUAUACCGUAUUAUUUUAAUACAAAAUGUACUAUUUCUAAUUUUAGUUUACAUUUUGUUUUCAACCUUCAAAUUUAGUACUAAUUCGUAAAAUUGUAUACUAACUUGCGGGAUCCCGCAAAUACCGGGAUCCCGCGGGACUUAAAAUGGCAAUCCCGCGGAAUACCGGGAUUGAGUUCCUCAUGCGGGAUUGCAUUCCCUAAGCCUCACCAAACUUUCAAAAGAUAAUGUACAUAUGUAGUGCAUAAUUAUUUUUCAUCGUAUUUUCACGGAAACGUAGGAAAAGUGCCUUGCUAUUUCAGUCAGUCUCGGUACAAAACGUACUGAGGUUGACUGAAGUAGCAUGACAAAUACGAACGUUUCCGAGAAAAUAUUAAGCCUAAACAUUAAACCUACCUUCACAUAUGUCAUAGUAUCAUACAGUAUAAUCUUAUAAAUGUAUCCACAAACAAUCAUAUAUACACAUAACUAUAUUAUCUUCUACACAAUCUAAAAUAGUGUUAGCCAUAGUUUCCGACAAGCAGCAAGCAAAUUCAUAUUGUACGAAGGGUCGGCCUGAACACCAGCGUUGUAGUAGGCAAGCCUGCUGCAACACACGCUGAGGUUCGCUCCUUUUUAACAUAUAAUUUAAAAAAAUUAUAUCUACAUGUAAACAUAAUAUUUUUUGCCUAUUUAAGUUUAAUUCUAAGCAUAUAAUGUUUUGUAGCAUUGCCUGUAAAUAUUUUUCAAUGUGGUGUUAAAUAAAAUUUUUCUAUGUCUAUGUCUAUAAAAUACGAUGGAAAACAAUUAUGCACUAAAUACAUGUAAUGUGUAUUUUAAAAUUUUCUAAAAACCAGAUUUCAGAAUGACCUCUGCUGCUCUGCUAGUCAGAUUUUGAUACCGAUCGCAUAAGGGGGCCUACCGCGAACAACGACGUAUUGCCUCUCUGUCGCACUUGUAAAUUUUUACGUAAGUGUGACAGGGAGGCAACACCUCGAACGUGGCGGUAGGCCCUAAGAUCCCUUUUCUCAGUUCCGUUUGAUCUACUGUUUGAAGUGUUAUAAAAUUAAGAAUAAUUGUAGGUUUUAAUAAAUUGUUGCUUACUAAGAGUAUUGAUAAAUGUAAUUUAAGGAUGCAGUUUGUUAAUUGUUUAAUAAACGGAUGAUUUUUC